AAUUAACAAUCAUACCAUUUUCAUAUUUAUCUUUUCAACUGUUCUCCCGAUCCCCUGCUAAUAGACAAACCAAGCAUUAGCAGAGCAACUUCUUCAUCUGUCCCCUGCUCACUAGUGUAAUGUAGAAGGCCCACGAUUUAGAUCUGCUUUUACUGAGUAUCCAAUUGGAAGAAUUGGGUUGCAGCCACCUGUGUGAAAAUGGAGAAGAAACGAUCUUGGACUUGUACUUUGGUUGUACAGGUUUCUCUCUGUGUUGCUUUCUAUCUUUCUCUGAACUUGGGUCACCCUCAGAAUUCCGUUUAUCGUAGUAGAGGUGGCACUGCAGGUACCAAACCGAUUGAUGUUUAUUUUCUCAGUGUUGGAGGAGGCUUUAGGCCCCUGAAACAACAGACCCAUCUUCUUAAACUGAUGGAGAAUGUGGCAAAAGCUUACAAUGCAAAAUUUGUUGUGAACAUUAGUGAGAUGGGAGAAGAUGAUCCUCUAACACAGAAUGCAAGCAGACUCCUCUCAUCAAUGAACAUUCCCUGGUAUACUACUAGAGCUUCGAAGAAUCAGAAAGUUGGUUGUUUCAUGGAACAGAUCAAUAUAACACGUGGGAAAACAUUAACCAUUGCUAGCAUGGAUACUGAGUCAUUGCAGGAUUCAAUGCUCAAGGGAUCGAUGAAUAGCUUUGCAAAUGACCAGUUAAAUUGGCUGACACAGACAAUAGAGGCCAAUCCUAAAAGCUGGUUCAUAGUUGUUGGGUACCACCCUCUGGUUGUUUGUGAAGACAAGCAGGAAAAAUUUGAAGGAAAAAAUGUUUACGAGCCUCUGCGUCGCAUUUUCAUGAAAUAUGGAGUGGAUGCAUACCUAAGCAGGCAGGGUUGCAUUAAUCGCGACUUUCAAGGCUGUGUAAAUUACGUAGGCAUUACAAAUCCUAUGAAGAGUGAAUUUUACUCGGAUUCUUUAAAUGCAAGUCGGGCUUUUCAGAAGGAAAUGAUUAACGGUUUUCUUCUUCAUAGAGUUGGCUCUCUAGAGAUUGCGACCUAUUUCAUUACGUUGAGAGGCGAGGUUGUGAACAAAAUUGUAAUCCAACAGAGAGGUAAAGAGGUCAUGUAAAUGACCAAUUGAAAGGGCAAAAUCUCAGCAAUGGGAUUUUAUUACUUGCAUUUUCUCAGCCAUCCUAUUCCUAAUUGUUAAGAUUGAUUUUUUUUUUUCAUAUGUAAAUGCCAUUCAUUCUAAACUAGCAUUCAACAUUUUGGCAAAUUAUAGGUAGUUUUCUUUGAUUUGCUUUCAUUUCAUUUCUUUGUAAAUCACAAUUUUUUUUUUCUCACAAGAUAGAAUUCCUUAAAAUGGCUAUUAAAGCCCAAAACUACA